UUGUGAAUGUCUCGUAGUAUUAUACCGCUAGAUUAUUUAUCAUAACUAUUCCGAACUUAAACUUUUCAAUCCAGAAAAAUCCAGUCGACCAUAUCAAUGCAAGUCCAACGCCCUAUUCCGGAUAUUGCAUUAAAAAAGUGAAAUGGAUGCGCCAGUUCGGCAGCAGCCCCGGCGCGCCGCCCGGGAUAAACAUAGACUGGGUAGCUUAACACUAAAGAGCCCCAAACAAGGACACACGUCGGGUCCAGGAUCGCCGAAGAAAUCGCCCAGAUUUGAAACGAGAUACCGUAGGAAGAAAGGGGCUAUGUCUCAUGCGAAAGCAAGAGCAUUGGCGACAAAGGCUCUUGAGAAGAAGAUAUCCUCAAUGAAUCCUGAAUCUGCAUGGCUGGAACAGAGUGGGCUUCUUGGUGUUCCUAAGAGCUUUCCGCAAAAGUCCCCUGGUAUUCAAAGCCUGCCGUCCCCGAAACUACCCAAAGCCAAGCGAGGACGCGGUAAGAAGGAGAAGUCGGAAGAGGACAUGUACAUGGAUGACUUCCUGCUUUCCGACGAGGAGUUGGGACAUUCCGGCGACCUUCAGAGAGCGGAACGCUGGAUCCCUGAUAUGGAGCACCGACGCCGGCUAUACCAGAAGCCUAAAAAUGUGCCCUCUCAAUUAUGGAUGUCCUACUGCCUCAUGGAUGACUACAUAUAUAGACAAUCUUUGACUGACGAGGAGGUUCUGGCGCAUCCCCUUAUGGACGACGUUUUGGAGUUUCAGCACGGCGGUAGCAGCGACAAGGUAGUUCCACCGCCUGGCUUUCAAUGGAACGAAAAAAGGAGAUUAGUACCUAUUCUGGAGGAUCGAGCAUGAGAAGUAGCCAAGAUGACAUUGACAAAAGCUCUUGUAGUUAAAAAGUUAUUGUACUUUGGUUCACUUGCCUGUGUAUGAGUCUUCAAUAGAACAAACACUUGUGGUAUUUUAGGUUGCGACUUGGGUAAUGCUUGUAAAUUGUGGGAUAUUCAUAAUUGUGAAAAUAGUAAGACCUGUACUGCGAGAUGCCUCCUUCUAUGAAUUGUUAGCUCAUUAGGUUAACCUAUGUAGAACUUGAUCUUGUCAACAGGGAUGAGACUUAAGUGAGAAGCAAUAACGUGUUAACAGCUAACAAAUGGCUAAAAAAGGGGGCACGGUUAAGUUAUGUAAAUGCCCCGCGUUCAAUAAGAGAAUUGCGUGAUUGAUUGAACUCCGCUUCAACAUUCCCUCAUCAACA